AUCAAACAGGGCAACUAGUAGAAUCGCGUACUCUGUGACCGAAGCUUCCCCAGAAGGCUGCAUCGUCUCAGGAUCGCCAUUUUAUAUGUUUGGCUCUGAGACUGGGACGGUGGGUGCGUGUGGUGCAAACUACAGAGCGUAUUCCGUGUAUUAUCUGCAAGAUGUUACCCAAAUACUUUGCGCCCGACAUGUACAAGUAACGACAGGUGUCGGAGUGUGUGAUCGGGCAGCGAAGGCUCGGGCCGAAAUGGUCCCGGAAUAGUGAGCUGUGCGUGAGUGUGUUUUCAUCGAGUAAGUGCGUCGCACACUGGCUUUUCACUGCUGUCACCAUUUGUUAAAUACCUGUGCCAUUCGGGAAGUCGGCUUUGGGUCAAAUUACGGACGGCCUCUGGAUUCCUUGCGACACCCUCGCCAUCAUCUACGAUGAGUUCGCGCAACAUACCCUCAGACAAGAUAAAUCUACGCCUCAUUCUUGUCAGUGGUAAGACAAAAGAGUUCCUAUUCAGUCCGAGCGACUCUGCGGGGGACAUAGCGCAUCAUGUGUUUGAAAAUUGGCCAGAAGACUGGGCGGAAGAGGCAGUCGCUAAAGCGGAGAUCCUGCGGUUAAUCUACCAGGGCCGUUUUCUGCACAGCAAUGUCACGCUCGGUGCUCUUGGGCUUCCUUUUGGGAAAACCACGGUGAUGCAUCUGGUCCCACGAGAGAAUCUUCCCGAGCCUAAUUCUCAAGAUCAGAGGCAAAAAAGUAAAGGCGGUGGGAGUAGUUGCUGCUCAGCUUCCUGUUGCAUACUUUAAAGAAAACGUUGGCUGCCCUGGAUAUAUUUUGAGGUCGUUCCGUGUGAGAGCCAGCUCCCAUGUUUCUUCAAGCUGAGCCAUGGUUUCUAAGGUUUCGACGCUGGUGUAUCAUUGUUAGUGGCUGAGCCUCGUGAGCAUUGUAGCAAAGCAAAGUUGUCGCAUCCUUGUCGCCGAUUCAUCUAAAUUAAAACAAAAAAAAAAAAAGGAUUAUUUUGGUUCAUCUGCAACGCACGCUAAAAACAUCGUUCACCGUCCCAAGUGAACAAAUUCUGUCAUCAUCAGUCUCUUGAAGAGAAAAAAAUAUAAUGGAAAAUUUCAAAGUCAGAUUUAUAUGUCUAUAACAUCGUAUAAAUUCUAAAAAAGAAAUUGUAAUGUAAGCCAAACAACAUAAUUUAUACAUGUUGUUUUAUAUUUUGUUUUGGUAACUGUGUACACAAAAAUCUAUUUAUAACUUAUAUCGCGUCAAAGAGAUUGUCAAGUUUUUAGGCAUAUCGAUGACCUGGUUCGACAUUGGAACACAUAAUGUCGAAAACGCCGUUCAGCUUUCACGGUCC